AUGUUAAUCCUUAUAAAAAAUUUAUUUGGGGGAAAUAUAGGUUACAGAGAAAGUCAAAAUACAUAUUAUUACGGUUCAACUAGUUUUGGUUCUGCUCGUUUUGGUAUAAUUAGUACUGUUAUAUCUACAAGUUCAAGUAAACCUAUUUUUGGUUAUAUUGGAAUGGUUUAUGCUAUGAUGUCUAUAGGAAUCUUAGGAUUUAUUGUAUGA